AAUGGCGUUUGAUAUGUGUAUGAUGUGUUGCCUACUGCCUACGAAGUCUUAAAUGAAAAAAAAAGCUGAAUGCGACCCAACCACUUUGUUAUCUUUGAUCAGCUGUUUGUUAAUUAUUUAGUCAAAAUAAUGUCGGAAUUAGUUUCAAAAUGCGUCUUAAGAGUGGAAGUGAACGAGUCGGGGGAAGCUUUGGACGAGGUACACGGCGCGGAAGCCCCCCUAGGAGUCCCAAACUGUCGCGGUCAACGUAAGGUAAAAGACAUAAGCGUUGAAACGUUUGCGAGCCGUUUGGAGAAGCCCACGGACGACUGGGGCAUCCUACCGAAGAACUCUCGCGGUGCGUCGUUCGAGCAAGGCGACGUCGAGGAGAUGGGCGAAAUCGGAUUUUUCAGCGGCAAUCCCUUUGUCGAAAUAACGAAAGGAAUUCUGCACUUGUAUAAGGAGGACACGUUGAGCAGUCGAGAGGAGGCGUUAAUGCUGUGCAUUUUGGGCGUGCCAACUUCGAUGACGUGCCACGAUCUGUUGGCAUUUACCGCGCCGUGCCACGCGGAAAUCGCACACAUCAGGGUGCUGCGGGAUUCCAGUCCGAAUCAGUACAUGACCCUUCUCACGUUUCGCAAUUAUCCGGCCGCCAAGGAAUUUUAUGACACGUUCAAUGGGGCCCCUUUUAAUAGUUUGGAACCGGAAGCGCUGUGCCGGAUCGUGUGGGUGUCGCGAGUGGAGUGGGCUCACAAUGGGUUACCGCCGCCCGGUCACACAGAACUGCCGACGUGUCCGGUGUGCCUGGAGCGAAUGGACGAGUCAAUCGACGGCGUUCUGACAAUCCUAUGCAAUCACGCGUUUCACGCCAACUGCCUCGAGCAGUGGAGCGAUUCGACGUGUCCCGUCUGUCGAUGCGUCCAAAGUCCCGAACAGGCUGAGAGCUCGGAGUGCGAGAAUUGCGGUCGAGUGGGCCCCGACGCCCUUUGGAUUUGUCUGAUAUGCGGACACGUCGGUUGCGGACGAUAUCAGGGCGGUCACGCUGCAUCGCACGCUCGUGAGUCCGGCCACUGCUACGCUUUACAGCUGGGGUCGCAUCGCGUCUGGGACUACAAGGGCGAUAACUUCGUGCAUCGGCUGUUGCAAAAUAAGGCGGACGGUAAGCUCGUGGCCGCCGAGGGACCGCCACCGGAAUCCGAAGGCGCUCAGGAGAAGGUCGACUCCGUUCAGCUUGAGUUCACCUACCUGCUGACAUCCCAGUUGGAGGAGCAACGCAUUUAUUUCGAAGAGAAGCUGCUGCACCUGGACAAUCAAGCCACGUUGGAAUCGAAAUUACUACGUGAGCAACUCACCGAGCUCUCCGAGGAGAAUAAGCAGUUGAAAACGAAACUCGCCAACGUAAGCAAAGAAAAGCAAGCCGUGGAGAAGAAAUUUUCACAAAGCUCCGCGCGGUUGUCCAUUACAUUAGGCGAGCUAAACGAGGAAAGGCAGCUAGGCAAGGCACUACGCGAGUACCAGCAACAGUGGCAGACGAAGGUGGCCCAACUCGAAGAGCGCCUACAGAGCGUAAGCGGUGAGAAGGAGCGUGAGGUGAACGAGCUUCAGGAGCAGCUCAGGGAUCUGAUGUUUCACUUCGAAGCGCAACAGACCAUUUCACGAUCGGAAGAUCGCGAUGAUAUCGCCGGAGGAAGUGUCAGCGUUGGCGAAGAGUCGUCCCAGUUAGCCAAAUUGAAACGUAAAGGACGGAAAAAGAAAUAACGAUUGAUCAUCGUGAAUGUGACCAUAAACAAUCUUGCGAUGGCAAAGAAAUUUACGGACGAAGAGCGGUUAGCUCUCGCCGCAAAAUUGGACAAGGAACUAGACGACUUUAUAGAUGGCCUGGAGAAGCGUCCGUACACGGAAGGUUGG